GCGAGUGUUAUGGAUGGCUCAGAGGGAGGCGCGAGCUUGCUCCCGUAUCGUCGAGUGCCUGCAGAGAAUUGCCGUUCUCCGAAUCAGUAAUGGAGCUCUGGCCUAUUCUACUAACUCUCAUAACAUUGCUCUGGAGGCUCAUGCCAUCAAGGCCAGCAGCUUCAAUGGCAUGACCUGCACUCUGUUCCAGAAGCUCUCACCGGAGCGCACACCCGUGGCCCAUUUCUCUCCCAGAGACCCCGACAUCAACCUGGAGCGCCAGCUCAGCUUCAAAUGCAACGUGACCAGCAACCUGUCUGCACUGGCUCUCAAAAACACUGUAGUGGAGGCGUCUCUACAGCUUCCCCCGUCGCUCUUCUCGUCUCUGGGAAGCUCAGGUCAGGCCGAAGAAGCCGUCUAUAAGCUACACCUGCUGGCCUUCCGCAACGGCAAACUCUUUCCUCCGACGGGCAACUCCACCCUCCUGAGCGACGGCAGUAAGAGGAAGAGUGUGGUCACACCUGUGAUUCUCACAAAGAUCGAAGGCUUCCCGCUGAAGAACCUGCAGAGUCCAGUGAACGCGACCCUGCGGCGCUUCCUGCACGGCUCAGACGCUGUGCCCUCCUUCUGGAACUUCAGUCUGCUGGGUGGACAAGGCGGCUGGCAGAGCGACGGCUGCCGGAUCCUCCAUCAGGACGACAACUUCACCACAAUGUCCUGCCAUUCACUGAACAACUACGCUUUACUGAUGGAUCUGAACAGGACCGGGAACGACACGUACAGCUUCGAACCUCUUCACCCUGUUAUCUACGCCACUGCCAUCAUCCUGGUGUUCUGCCUGCUGUCAGUCAUAGUCAGUUAUAUCUACCACCACGAGUCGGUGCGUGUGAGUAAGAAGUGCUGGCACAUGCUGGUUAACCUGUGCUUACAUAUUCUUCUGACCUGUGCUGUGUUUGUGGGCGGCAUCAACCAAACGUACAAUGCAAGCGUUUGUCAAGCGGUGGGAAUAGUGCUGCAUUACUCCACGCUGGCUACGGCCUUGUGGUCCGGCGUAACGGCACGCAACAUCUACAAACAGGUGACGCGGAAGGCCAAACGCUACGAGGAGCUGGACGAGCCUCCGCCUCCACCCAGACCUAUGCUGAGAUUCUACUUAAUAGGUGGAGGCAUACCGAUCAUUGUGUGUGGAAUAACAGCUGCUGCUAACAUCAAAAACUAUGGUAGUCAAGUCAAUGCUCCUUACUGCUGGAUGGCAUGGGAACCCAGUCUUGGUGCGUUUUACGGCCCGGCAGCCUUCAUUGUUUUCGUGGACUGCAUGUACUUCCUCAGCAUUCUCAUUCAACUCCGCCGGCACCCCGAGCGCCGCUUCGAGCUCAAAGAACUGUCUGAGGAGCAGCAGCACCUUUCUGUGGCCGAAGCGACCGAAAUCACACCGGCCCUCCUGGAGUCCUCGUCUGCAGCCGCCAAUCAACCGGUCCCGAUGUCGGCUCUGGAGAACGAACAUACUUUUGUGGCCCAACUCAUUGGCGUGGCAGGGUCUCUUGUGCUUUAUGUCGCUCUGUGGGUGUUUGGUGCUCUUGCGGUGUCCCAGGAGCAUCCGGCAGAUUUGGUGUUCGCCUGCCUCUUCGGCGCCACCGCUUUGGCUCUCGGGGCAUUUCUUGUGGCGCACCACUCCGUGAACCGUGAGGACAUGCGGCGUCAUUGGUCACGAGCUUGUUGUCUGGUUCGCCGUAACUACACUGUAGAGGUCGAUUCCCUGCUGUUGCCUGUCACCGGUGGCUCCAUCUUGACAGCAAGGGGAAACGGCGAAACUGCGAAGUGUCCAGCCAGCAGCGCCGAAUCCUCGUGCACUAAUAAGAGCGCACAGAGUGUCCGUAACUCCACCCAGGGCUGUAAGCUGACCAAUUUGCAAGUGGAAGCCGCUCAAUGCAAAACGGCCACUUCUACGGCCAAUGGGACGGCGUUAUUGGACAACAGCUUGACUGAACAUUCAGUUGACAAUGAGAUUAAGAUGCACGUCGCACCUGUUGAGGUCCAGUACCGCCCCAGUUCGGUCAACAACAACAAUCUUCCAGGAACGGGCAAUGCGAACAUCAACGGCCAGUCAGGGCGACACCACAAGAACCGUACGAGAACGCAUCGGGCCAGUAGGCUCACGGUUUUGCGUGAGUAUUCAUACGACGUUCCCACCAGCGUGGAGGGCAGCGUGCAAAGCGUCCCGCACAAGCGCCACCAUCAUCACGAGAGCCUGCAGGCCCGUAACAGUCGACGGGCGGCGUAUUUGGCUUACCGGGAGCGCCAGCAGAGCCAACUUCAGCAGGACAGCAGCGAUGCCAGCACCAGUGUGCCGCGUCGCCCGCGCCACCUCCCCAAAGGUGGAGGCAUCCGCCUGGGUAACAGUUUUGGGCACGGGCUCAGCAACAACGUGGGGAACGGCGUCAGUAAUGGAGGCUUAGUCGGAGGAGGGGACGGAUCGGGGACCGACGUCACCAGCCAAACUAGAGACUGUCCAAAACAACCCCUCACUGUUGAACUGGAGGUGCAGCCCAAGUCUUACGGGUUGAACCUAGCGUGCCAAAACGGACCUGCCAAAGAUGCCGAGAGGCUACAGAAUUUGUCGCCCCUGAACGUGGAGAGUUCUGGGAACAUCAAGACUGGCUUGUGGAAGCAUGAAACUGCUGUGUAGCGAGAUUCCCUUCUCAGAGACUACAAAUCCAACUUUUAUCUGUAACUGUGAAUCUCUAAUUUUAUGAUUUUGAUCCGAAUGGUACAGAUUCUAAAAACAGUUCCUGAAAGAAUUCGCGUUUUCAUGUCUAUGUGAGAAAAAGCCUACAAAUGCAUAUAGUUUACCACUUGGCUGCAUCAUAGUCAGUCAACAAAUGGUCUAUUUUUGUAUCCUUUCGGCUCAUUUCGUAUUUCAUUCUGACAUUUUGUAUGUGAAGAUGCAUGAUGUGCUGCCCUUUGAGUAUAUGUUGGCUGAAACUCUUAUAUUCCCAUGUUUAACAAAGAGUUGUGGCCGUCAAAUAAUAAAAAAAUCUCUUUACGCAACCCACUUCAUCUCAUCUCAUCUCUGAAUUCAAAGGUGAGUUCAUCGGAGAGUUUCCUCUAGGACUUGUGGUUUCAAGUAACUGGGAGCUUAUUUUAUGAUUUUGAUCUGAAUGGUACAGUUUGUAAAAAUAGUUGCUGAAAGAAUGUGCAAAAUUUGAAGAAAAUAAAAAAAAACCUGCAAAUGCAUUUAGUUUCUAGCUUGGCUGCAUCAUAGUCAGUCUAUUUUUGUGUCCUUUAAGCCCAUUUUGUAUUUCAUUCUGACAUUUUGUACGUGAAGAUGCAUGAUGUGCUGACCUUUGAGUAUACUGUAUGUUGGCUGAAUCUCUUAUAUUCAAACGUUUUCACACAGUAGAGUGCAUAUGCA